AUGGAGCUCGGAGGACUGAAGGUCAAGGACCUGGCGCCGGUGCUGUCUGCGGGGGCCCUGAUCGACGUGUGCCUCUCCAAGACGCAGCGAAAGACUCCGACGGAAAUCCACAAGCGCAGCAGCAUCAAUUUAAUUCGCAAGUUUUAUAUUCGCAAAAUCAAAACUGCUGCGCAGUUCUUCACCGAGAAGUUGAAGGCAAUCACUUCCCUUUUUCCCAGACUCGAGAGUCUGCAUCCGUUUUACGGGGACUUGCUGAACAUUUUGUACGACAGAGACCACUACAAGUUGGCGCUGGGCUCUGUUGCUGCUGCAGCAAAUCGAAUAGAAAAGAUUUGCAAAGAAUACAUCACAAUUUCCAAGUACUCCGACUCCCUCUACAAGUCCAAGUUGGUGAAGAAGCUGGGGAAGGUGUUCGAGUACCUGGAGGAGGUGCGGCAGCACCUGCAGCGGCUGCCGAGUGUCGAGACAGCGCAGCGAACUUUGCUGCUCGCGGGAUUUCCAAAUGUUGGCAAAAGUUCUUUUGUAAAUAAACUUUCCAACGCCAACGUCGAAGUCCAGCCCUUCGCCUUCACCACCAAGAGCCUCUUCGUCGGCCACUUCGACCACCUCUACGCCCGCUGGCAGGUGAUUGACACUCCGGGAAUUUUGGACCAUCCUCUCGAAGAAAGAAAUUUAAUCGAAAUGCUCGCCGUGGCGGCGCUGACGCAUUUGAAUUGCGUGGUGCUGUUUCUGGUGGACGUGAGCGAAGAGUGCGGCUAUUCGCUGCAGCAGCAAAUUCAACUUUUCAAAAACAUUUUAGUUUUAUUUAAAAAAAAACCAAAACUUCUCAUUCUUAACAAAACGGACAAACGCCCGCUGCAGCAGCUGCAGCAGGAGGAGCAGCAGCUCCUCAAAGACUUGGAAAAGGAGACCGACGUGUGUAUUGCUGCCACUUCGACGCUGACUGGAGAGGGUCUAGACGAAGCAAAGAAUAAGGCCUGCGAGUUGCUGCUGCAGCAGCGGCUGCUGCGGCGCGCAGCAGCAGCAGCAGCAGCUGACCCUGCUGCUGCUGCGGCUGCUGCUGCUGCAGCAGGCGACCAGCCCCUCGCUGCUGCUGCUGCUGCUGCUUCGCUCGCCAUCAAGGGACCUGCUGCAGCAAUGCUGCAUGUCUCUACAGUGCAGCAGCCGCGAAAGCCAAAUAUACCAGAAAGCGUUUUAAGAGAAAUCGAACUCAAGAAGCAAGGAGUGGUGCUGCCGCGGCGGCGGCUCGAAAGAGAUAUAGAAGAAGAAGAGGGAGGGCCUGGGGUUUACAACUACGACAUUCGCAAGGACUACAUUUUGGAAAAAGAAGAAUGGCGUUAUGACAUUCAACCCGAAUUCUUAAAUGGAAAAAAUAUCGGAGACUUUUUAGAUCCCGACAUUAAAGAAAAGCUGAUGAAGCUGGAGGAGGAGGAGCAGCAGCUGCUGCAGCAGGAGGAGCAGCAGCAGGAGCAGAUUCAGGCGAGGCAGCAACUCGCGAACUUAAAAGCAGUGAGGCAGAAGCUGCAGCGGCUGCACAGAGGAAUAAGUCAAAAGCGAAUGGAAGCAAAAUUGAAAAAGAAAAGAAAUGGACCUCGGCUGCUUAAGAAGACAAAGCACCAGCUGGAAGCAGCACGGAGGGCUUUGAGGGAAGAAGAAAUAAAUUUGGAUGGAGUGAAAAGACAAAAGAGAAAACGAGAAGCUUCAGAUAGCAUGGAGGUGGAGGGCUCGGAGCGGGAAAAGCUGAGGGCGAAGAUUCGGCGUUUGGUGAAGUCUCGGGAAAAGGAAACGAAAGAAAGAAAAGAACUAAAAGAAAGAAAAGGGUUAAAAGAAAUAAAAGAAUUAAAAGAAUUAAGAGAAUUGAAAGAUCUGAAAGAAGAAGAAGAACUCGAGGAGUCCGCAGUGGCGCGCGGCCAGCGGCGCAGACUCGGAGGUGUACGUACAGCUCAGGCCUUCAAGUUGAAAAAACAAAUCGACAAAAAACUAAAAGGAAGAAAAGGAGAGUCCGACAGAUUUAUAAAUGUGAAAAAGCAGAAGUGGAUGCUUUCUGGAAAAAGGACUUUGGGGAAAACAAACAAGAGAUGA